UUGCAGUUGUACGUACAUACACCAAUUCGUAUUGUGUUAUCAUUACAAGACGUAUAUUCUUUAUGUUACAUAGAAAUACAAUUCAAAGUGUUUUCUUUUUUAUAUAUAUUUAUUUUUCUACAAAAUCGAAAAUUAAAUUCGAAAAUGAAUCGGAGUGUUGGUGCGAUGAAAGUGUUUUCGAAUUUACUAUCCUAAAGCUGAAAUGGAUCCGGAAGAAGAGGCAUUACAGAUGCAUUUAUUACGUGAACACGAUCAACCUGUUGCUGGGAUACAAAUUUUGUACAAAGUUUUAAUGGAGAGUUUACGAGCAAACGAUUUAAGAGCGUUUAAAAAUCUUCUUGGACAAAAUUCAAAGGGACAACAAUCAAUCGUUAACGUUAAUUAUAUUUAUCCAAAUCGUUCGGAAGAAACUUUAUUAGACGUUGCAUGUAAAAAUGGGCGCACCGAGUUCGUUAAAUUAUUAUUAGAAAAUGGUGCAAAUCCAAAUAGAGUCAACGAGGCUCACAAUCGUGCACCUAUUCAUUUUGCCGUUGAAGGCGGACACGUAACAACGUUAAAAGUAUUACUGAACAACCGUAUGAUCAAUCCAAACAUAGAAGCUGCUCAACAAACGGCACUUCAUAUAGCUAUUAAAAAAAAUCAUUUAGAAUGCGUCGAAUUACUUCUCGAGAAUGGUGGUAGUCCAAACAUACCUAACAAUAAAGGUCUUACAGCACUUCACUUGGCUGCUAUGAAAGGUCAAAGAGAUAUAGUCAAUGCGAUACAACAAAAGAGCAAACAAUCUCUUGAUUUGGAUACUUAUAAGGAUUACAAUGGUCAAACGACUCGUCAGGUUUUGGAGAAAAAAUUACCUGACAUGAUAUUGCCGCCACCAAGAAUUGGAGACCUUUCUGUUCACAAUCUUCGAUAUUUUCUCAAUGCAAACGACGAAAUCAAUUUCUUAAGAUGUUUAGAAAAAUUUGAUUACAAUGUUUUAAUUAAUGAUAUUGAUGAGUUAUUAGAAAUGGCAACCGAACGUAAUUUUUAUAAAAUUGUUAAAGAAUUACUUGACAGAAUGCAAGGACAUACAUGUGACCUAUCGAAAACAGCUAUUAUAGCCAUACAGCAAGCCAAUUUCGAUAUUUUACGUGAAUUAUUAAAACACAAUAGCGAACUUGCCAACGAACUUAUUAUCGAUGCUUGCUUAGAACUUGGAAUGCCUGAAAAACAACGAUCGGUCGUGACUGAUCGGCUGAAAUGUUUGAAAUUGAUUCUUGAUCAAGAUAAUGUUGAUGUCCGUUGUACGGACAACAAAGGGAAUACACCGUUGCAUUAUGCAGCGAGGGCAGGUUCUCGCGAAGCAGUGAGUUUGUUAUUAGAAAAGGGAAGUUACAUAGGACAUAUGAAUAAAUUCAACGUACCACCGAUUGCUGACAUUCCGUUAAACUCUUUGGCCGAAUAUUUCGACGAUUGCCUUCAAACAAGAAAAGAACGUACGAACGAGUACACGAUUGAGUUUAAUUAUCGAUGUUUAAUGCCACACGAUACACGAUACUCUUAUACGCGAGACUGCAAUAAGAAAAAUUCUUAUAAUUCAACAAAAUAUUGUGAGAUGGAUACUCUUCGAUAUAUGUCUGAAAAUAGCGCGUUAAAACAUCUUCUAAAACAUCCACUUUUAUCUUCAUUUUUACAUCUCAAAUGGUAUAGGAUACGUCACCUCUUCUAUCUUAAUUUUGCUUUUUAUGUAAUAUUUUACAUAUUACUCAAUACAUAUAUUUUAAGCAUGACUUAUAGUAUAAAAUUUAAUGAGACGGAUGCAAUAGUAAACGAAACCAAUGACAAAGAGUUGAAAUAUGUUGUGCAUACCGGAUGGCAAAGAAAUAAUCUGCUAUGGGUCAUGACAGCCGUAGCAUUAUUUUUUCUUGCCAUUCGAGAAAUCAUACAAUUAGUUUCUUCACCUUGUCACUAUAUAUCUAGUUUAGAAAAUUGGUUAGAAAUGACACUGAUCAUUUUAGGCUCGUGUUUAUUAAACGGCGCUGGUCCGGAAGUCGGUGCAGUGGCUAUAUUAGUAUCAGCGUGGGAAGUUGUUAUUUUAAUUGGACAAUACCCAAGAAUGUCCACAGGUAUCGAGAUGUUUAAGACAGUAUCAUGGAACUUUAUGCGUUUCUUAUUUUUAUAUGCUUUUCUUAUCUUAGCCUUUGCACUUGCGUUCUUUACUCUCUUCAAGGACGGUGGCGAUGAGAACUUUCCCGAUCCAGGCCACUCCCUCUUCAAAACUAUAAUUAUGCUUACCGGAGAGUUCGAUGCCAACGAUAUACCGUUCAUAUCGCAUCCAAUACUCAGUCGUUUCGUUUUCGUAUUAUUUGUAUUUUUAAUCGCAAUCGUAUUGUUUAAUCUGCUAAAUGGUUUAGCUGUCAGCGAUACCGCUGAAAUUCUUGGAAAGGCUGAACUUAUUGGUUUGAUUUCCAGAAUACGUCUCAUAUCUUACAUUGAAAAUGUUGCUACAGGCCCAUCUUUUCUACAUAAAUUACGAUGUUUAUCUGGCAUAAAUUCGUAUGCGUGUAAUCCGUUAGGUUUCCUAGUCAAAAGAAUUCUUUUGUUUCCUAAUUAUUUAAAGGAUGGAAAACUUGUUGUUAAACCUCAUGAUAAUUUUGACGUAUGUUGUCCCGCUAGUUGUUAUGGAAAAUGUUUAUCAUCUAAUAUUUCUAAUACGGAUUCACCAACGUUAAGGAUAGAUUCGUACGUCGUUAAAAAAGCUAAAGAAAUAUUGUUGCGUAAAAGGCAGACAUCGGAAAAUGAAAAAAUAUUUACCAUGUUACAACAAAUGGCAGAAAAAUUGGCUACGAUUAAUACAACGUUAAAUACGGUUAAAUGUGCAAUGGAAAAUAAUAAUCUUAAUAUAGAAAUAAAAGAUCCAGUUCAAGAGUAAAUAUAACAUGAAAACUUAAAUAUUGUUGAAACGAACGAAAAUUGUUACAGAGUAAAAUUCUAAUUGUUUAAAGUAUUCUUAGAAAUGUGUCAUUUAAAUAUUGAUGACACCACCGUUGUCUAAUAUAUAUUAAAUUCUAUUCUAUAAAUU